CACAGUUUGGUGUGCAUUAUGGAAGCUCCUGUGAUGUCAUCAGAUGAAUAUCCAUGGUGGCAUGGAUAUAUAUAUAAUUUUACCUAUUCCUAUGAUCAAGACUAUGAAGAUGAAGUUUGUGACAUGACAGAGUAUAUAAACUUUGCAAAUGUGUUCAUCCCAGUUACGUUCUCAGUGGUGUUUGUUGUGGGAAUGCUGGGAAAUGGAUUGCUGCUGGGUGUACUGAUGAAGAGCAGAAAGGCCUGGAGCACAACAGACUUUUUGAUCCUUCACCGAGCUGUGGCAGACAUCCUGCUGUUGGUGACGCUGCCCUUCCGGGCUGUAGAGUCUGCCAGUGAUGCCGGAUGGAUGUUUGGGACGUUCUUCUGCAAGGUCACUGGAAGUGUUCUCAAGAUUAAUUUCUAUUGUGGGAUUUUCCUCCUGGCUUGCCUCAGUGUGAGCUACCUCCUCUCAAUCAUUCCUUCUACCAAAGAGGUUCUGAAGAAGAAGCCCUGGGUGGUUCAUUUCUGCUGUGUGGUGGUGUGGAUCCUCUCCAUUCUCCUUUCUAUCCCUGAGUGGAUCUUCUUUGAAGCAAUGGCAGAAGAAAAAAAUAGAUGUAUUAGAAAUGUGAAUGUCCAUACCUAUACCUUUUUACAAGGGCUGAACUCCACAUUUGGAUUUGUGUUUCCCUUAGUUGUCCUGGUCUUUUGCUUCUUCUGCAUCGUGUGGCAGCUGCAGUGUGGCACCAAAGGCCUUCAAAAUCAGAGAGAUUUCAAAGUUGUAAUAGUUGUUGCUGCAGUUUUCUUUGUCUGCUGGACACCAUUCAAUAUUACUACUUGGGUGUUCAAGAAUAGUGGAUAUCACUGUAAUACAUCUCUAGACGUAGCUGAUUUGGUAACUUAUGCUGUGCGUCACUUUCACUGUUUCCUCCAUCCCAUUGUGUUCUUGCUUGUAGAUGUUAAGAAUCGGCAACAGCAGCAUGUGGACCAAGACAUGGAACUGACAGCUCAGCUUUCUUAGAAGCUACUAGAUUAGCAGUAUACAGAAGCCAAGUCGGAACACAAUAUUGCUGAAGUAACAUUUUUAAUUUGUCUGACUCUCACUUUUCUCUCGAUAAUAAAUGUGCCAUUUCUUUUGCGAUUACCUUCAAUAACAAAAUCAUUUAGCUAUGUAAGAAAAAUGUUAGA